UCAAAGGGGUGCUAAAUCAGGUGAUAGUGCCAAACCAAAGCGCGUUUGUCCCAGGGAGGCUCAUUACUGACAAUGUCAUAAUAGCCUUUGAGUGUUUUCACUCCAUGAAAACCAAGAAGUCUGGCAAUAAAUGAUUCUGGCAAUAAGUGAUCCAAUAUCCCCCUAUCUUUUUUCUGUUUGUGGUGGAAGGACUAUCAGCUCUAAUAACUAAAACAGAGAGGGAAAGGCAGAUUGAAGGGAUAAGGGUGAAGAGGCAAGCACCACAUAUUUCUCAUCUUUUAUUUGCUGAUGACAACAUCCUUUCCCGAGGGCAACUAAGUUAGAAUGUGAGAAAGUAAAAACCAUCUUAAGCUUAUAUGAAACUGAAUCUGGCCAGCAGGUCAAUCUCCAUAAAUCUUAGUUAUCUUUUAGCCCUAAUGUUAGGCAGGGGAGAAGGAAAGAACUAGCAGAUUUACUAAACAUGAAGGUAGUGGACUACCAUCAAAAGUAUCUAGGUCUUCCUACAAUUAUUGGCCGAUCGAAGAAGCAGUGGACUACCAUCAAAAGUAUCUAGGUCUUUCUACAAAACGAGCAGUAGCUCAUUUCUGGUGGGGGCAACAGGAGGAGGAAGGGAAGACACAUUGGCUUAAUUGGAAAGAACUCUGCAAACCCAAGAAACUGGGGUAAUGGGCUUCAAAAAUCUCCAGAGUUUCAAUCUAGCUCUCAUUGGAAAGCCAUUAUGACGUAUUGUCCAGAACCCUGAUACCCUAGUGGCAAAGGUCUUGAAAGCAAAGUACUAUGAGGAUCGAAAUCCUCUGGAAGCAGAAAUUGGGAGAAAUCCGAGUUGGGUUUGGAGGGGAUUAAUGGCUGCUAAGGAGUUAGUCAAACGUGGAAUGAGGUGGAGGGUGGGAGAUGGAACCAAAAUUGACAUCUGGCUCGACAAAUGGGUGCCUUCCAUCACAACUCAAAAAGUAACAUCCCCAGUUGCACACUGGAGUGGUUCAACCUCAGUUGCUGAACUAAUAGACUUGGACUCAAGGAGCUGGCGUACAAACCUGCUCCAGAGAUUCUUCAACCCUAUGGAUCGUGUUAACAUACAGAAGAUCCCCAUUCUCAGGCAACCUACUGAGGAUAAACUGAUAUGGGGAGUGGAGAAAUCAGGGACAUACAUGGUUAAAUCAACGUACAGGCUUUGGGAAGGCAGGAAUGAUGAUGUGUUGAGAGAAAUCUAUACACCGGUGAAUUGGAAAAGGCUCUGGAACUUGAAGAUUCCUCCAGAAGUUUGGAUCUUUGCCUGGCGGUGGGCGAGAAAUAUAAUUCCUACAGGAGCUAGGGUCUACGAUCGAAUGCAAAAGGGAAGCGAAAACUGCCCUUUCUGCAACCUCAGAGAAACACAGGGACACAUCUUUCGUAAGUGUGACUGGGUUCGUAGGGUUUGGAGAUCUAGCCCUAUGGAGAGGGGGGAGAACCUUACCUCGGAAGAAUGGUACUGCGAACUCCAGGAGAUGGAAUCCGACGAACAGCUAGGUGAAUUCCUUGUGGCGCUCUGGUACAUCUGGGACCAACGCAACUGCUACUAUUGGAACAAGAAGAAGGUAGAAGAGUGGGAAAUAUUACCCAGGGUGAGCAAUUGGUUGAAGGAUUACCUGGAGAAGCAACUGAGUCCUCGGCAGUCGGAAAGAAAUGAUGCGCAGGGGUGGCAACCACCAACGAUAGCUCCGGUGAAAAUCAAUGUCGAUGCGGCAUGCAUUGCAGAUCGAGGAACGAGGUGGGGAGUAGUAAUCAGAGAUGGUGGGGGAAGAUUUUUGUUUGCUGGAGUUCGCAGAUCGAGAAUCCAAUGGAAUCCCGAGGAAGCAGAAGCUAUGGCGAUCGGAUUUGUCUUGGAUUUGGCUCGAAGGUUUGAGCUCAUGGAAAUGGAAAUGGAGUCGGAUUGUCAAGGGAUAAUACAAUAGCUGCGAAAGGAAGAAGAAAGGGAGACCGAGAUAGGCUUGUUGUGUGCUGAAAUCCGGGCCAAGGCCCAAACCCUGAACUAUGUUUAAUGGAAUUUUGUGGGCCGCAGAAGCAAUGAACCGACCCAUUUUAUUGCCCACAUUGACUGUAAUUGGGAGGCUGAGGAGGUGUGGGUUGACAGCCCACCUCAUUUUCUUGUACCUCUUCUUAGAGAGGAUAUGGGAGGAAACUCCAACUUUUCAAUUUAAUUAAAUGAAUGCAAUUUCUUAAAAGAAACAGAAAUUGCAAUUGAGUAGGCAAAUUGUUGAAGUAGGAAGUCCACCAAGUGGAGUUGUAACAAAAAUUACGAGGGGUCAAAGAAGCCCUCGCCUUGGGUCCGCGCAUCUAAAGACCUUUGAGUAUGCCCUCGAGGGAAUUGAGAGUUUGGAUUUUUGACAGAUUAAUAAUUUGGGGUGGUUUGGUUUUGGUGAUAGUUAAAUAUAUGUAUUGUCAUCAUGUAUGCAUGAUAAUAUAUAUGUAUAUAAGAAAAUUGGUGUAUUGUAGUUUGCAUUAUUUGGUUUAUGUGCUAGUUAUUGUGUUAUUUAAAUAAGUUAUCUUACUUUUUGGUGAAAUGACACUUUUACCCUUUGUUUGUAAUAUAAAAAAGCAAGACACAUAAAAAGGUAGGGACAAAGUUGGAAGAAAAAAAACACACAACAAUCUCAAUCAAACAAUCUCAACAAUCUCACAAAAAACUUGAGAUUUAACUAUCACUCAUUAUGAGUGAUAGUUUGUGUCAUAUCAAGCAAACAAUGCAAGUAUUGUUUGUGCAGAAAAUUCACAAAAACGAUGCAUUGUGGACAAUGCAUGUAAUGUAACUAUCUCAACCAAACAAUCACCAAAACCAAACGACCCAAUUGUGUUAUAUAUGCAUACUGAUUAUUCGGUGGUAUUUUAAAAAUUCGUUGUUUCGAUAAUUUAUUUCUAGGGUUUGUUGUUUUCGCCAAAGAUGCAUGGUCAGGAGUGCUGCUAGGAGAGCUGGAUGAAGUGUUCUUCGAACCUCACUUGAAGACAUAAACUAUGCAGUAUGCACUAGGGGUGGCUAUACGGUCCGGUCCGGUUAAAUUGGCGCGAAUUGAUCCGAUCCCGGUCUAGUAUUUUCUAGAAUAUAAGGUCCAAAGAUUGGAUUGGAUCCGGUCCGGCCUUGAAUCGGUCCGGUCCCAAUUCGAUCUUGAUUUUAGAUUGAGGUUUUGGGGAUUUGAGUGUCCUGAGGGGGGAUUUGAGUGGCCUAAGGCCUGAAAGGGUGAGGAGGUUAAAUUUUGGGUGUUGGCCUCUCUUAUCCGGUCUUUAUCCGAUAUUCGGUCCGGUCUGAAAUGAUUUUUUACCUCAAAUCUAUGCUCGAAAAUUGAAUUAGAUUGUUUGCUAUCCGAUCCCAAUCUGAGUUAUAUUUUCAGGUUUCAAGUAAAACCAAAAAGCCCAGACCAAAUAAUUAAGGGUUGAGCGCCCCUCUCGCUUUUUCGCCCAAAAAAAUGCAAUGGUAUGUAUAAACGCAUGUGCGGAGCCGUGAAUUUUGGUAAUGGGAGUUGCUAAGAAAUUUAUAAGUCAAAUAAACUAAAAUUUAAGAAAAAUUUUAGUUUAUUAGGAUUUAAUCGUCUUUGAAGUAUUGGUAAAUUAUCCAAAAUAUUGCCUAAAUUAAAUAUUUUUUAUAAUAAAUCUUUUCAACAUGAAUCACAUAUACCGUAGAAUUUUAGUUAAUAGAAGGCCGUUAGAUAUGCUAUAUAAUUUAGACAUUACUACAUCUGUAUGAACUACAAAUUAAGGAAUUCAAUUGUCAAUAAAGAAUGGCGAGACAUUACUAAAAAAGAACUUCAAUUACAGACCAUAAUCAAAAUCUCAAAGGUUG